AUGAGAUCCCUCUUCAACUCCAUCAUGCCGCCUCGUCGUCAUUCGAAAUGGCUACCCUUCAGGCGGAAUAAGCCUUCCUCCAGCCAAUCUUCUUCCUCGACAACCUCUCCCGCCGACAAGGUUCCUUCAACCAACCAACCCUCAUCUUUGAUGCCCUCUCCUGUCCCUAGUAUCACUUCAACCACCAAGCUCUCUUCUUUGCCAACCUCUCCCGUCCCUGGAGUUCCUUCAACGAACGAACCCCCAUUUUCAGCAAUAUCUCCUGCACCUAGUAUUCCAUCAAUCGACCAAAUUGCUCCCUCAACAAUCUCUCUCACCCCCAGUGUUCCUUUCAUAGGUACGGGCGAUGAGGCAGACCGCGUGUUCCACACCCUCGAACUUGCACAGCAGAUUGUGUACGAGCUGGAGCUUAGUGAUUUCUUCAGAGCUUUGCCUAUCACCAAGGCGCUAUGGGAGAGCGAGAUACCAGAGCGUGUCUAG